GACAGAAGCCAAAAUAGCAUCACCAGAGAGAGACGUUGGCACAGUGGGAACGAUGGAAAGAAUAUCUGAGAGACAGAUACAAAGACAACAUAAGACAAACUGAAACCAAAAUAAUACAUUCAGGAAGAGUGUGAGCAGAUCCUGGAAUCAUCUGACCCAGGACCGGACCAGGACUGGGGGGGUGAAUCGCAAUGGACUAUGAACCCAAGAAAUCCAAGAAGAGUUUUGUCUCACCUAUUAAGCGCCUCGUCUGGUCAAAAUCUGGUCGCAGGCCGGUGGAUCGAGGCAGCGUUUACCGACGUACACUGCACACUGUCCCUCUCUAUCCCCCGGACUACCUCAUCCACCCUGAGAGACUCAUCUUUGACUAUGUAGAGAAGGAGGUCAAGUUCCUUGGUCACCUGACCUGGGUGUCGGUUUCACUGAACCCCUCUAGCCGAGAUGAACUGCUUCAACUCCUCGACACAGCCAGGCAGCUGAAGGUGCUGCCGCUGAAGACCAGCGUGGACCAGGACUGCAUCCUCAGCCUGUCCGCUCGCUGUCUGCUGCUGACAUGGAGAGACAACGAGAAGCUGCUGGUGCGAAUCCCCACACAUGAGAUCGCUGCUGCCUCCUACCUGAGAGACGACGCGCUGCACCUGCUGGUCCUCAAGACAGGUCUGAACGUGGAUACAGUGGUUGCUGGGGAGGACAGCUUGGACAGGAAGAAGCCGACAACAGGCGUGGAUGGCCGACGCCAAACCAUGAGCUGCAAUGCCGACCCUCGGCCUGCAGGGGGCACCAUGGAGCGACGGCACACCAUCUGUGGGGUCGACUGGAGGCAGUCGCUGUCCAGGAGUAACCACGACAAACCCAAAAUGUGGAGCGAGGUGGAGGAGAGAGGAGGAGGAGGAGGAGGAGGAGGUGGUGGGGGAGAGAGAGGAGGAGGAGGAGGAAGUUUGGAGAGGAAAAGAGUGGGGGGCAGCUGGGAGAAAAGGCAGCAAACGCGCAAAACUGGAGGAAGCUGGGAGAACCGCAGAGCGAGACCCACGAGCGGGAGCUGGGGGGUGGGCGUAGGCAGCGGGGCUGGCGGGAGCUGGGAGAGGAGGGGUGGAGGAAGUGGCGGCGGGGGGAGCUGGGAGCGGAGGGGUGGAGGAAGUGGUGGCGGGGGAAGCUGGGAGCGGCGGCAAGCCUGCACUGGAAGCUGGGAACGGGGGAAGAGCUACGGCAGCUGGGAGAGGAGGAACCACAACCCGCUGGAGCCGACGCCCUGCCCCGACGCCUACUGCAACCUGGUCCUCCUGGCUGUGGAGAACAGAGAUGCUGCAGAGGAAUACUGUUCUCUGAUCUGUCAGAUGUUCCAGAUCAUUUACGGCCAUCAGACCAUCGAGUGCGUCGACAGAUCGGGGUUUCACCACUCCGUGCCGGACCGCUAUUGGCUGGAGAGGAGUGACAGCUGUCUGACUGACAUGUCCUACGGUUAUGAUCCAGAGUUUAGCUGCUGCAGCUCAUAUGAUGGUUCCCAGGAUGCGUUUGAGCUCUACUACAGUGAAACGUACAGUGAGAGUUCAUCUCUCUCGCUGCAGGAUUCCCAUCGCAGUCUCGCUUCAGCCAGUGAGGGAGGAGACAGUAACCCAGCCCUGCUGCUGAUGCAGGAGUACAUGAUUACUCUGCGUAACAAGCUGAGUCCGGUGGAGUUGCAGCACUUUGCGGUGUUGCUGAGAGAAUAUAGACUGGCAUCAAACAUCGACCACUUCUGCUCCGCGCUGCUGCAACUGUACGGAGACAACCGCAAGUUCCUGCUGAUGGGCAUGCAUCCUUUCAUCCCAGACAAGGACGUCGGGGUGUUUGAGAGUUUCCUGGAGAGUAUCGGGAUCCGUGAGGGUGGUAUUUUAAGUGACAGCUUCGGACGCAUCAAACGCAGCAUGAGCAACACGUCAGCUACGGCCAUGAGAGGGUAUGAUAACUGCUCUCUGGCCUCAGGAUCUCAGGAAUUUAACCGACGCAUUACUGACAUCACCCACGACAUCCAGGCGCUUGGCUUCCAGGACACACAUGGAGACAUUGAGGAGGAAGACUACUAUCUCUGAUGCAGGGAUGAAGGAAUACAGAGGGCGCUUGAUUCCUUUUUGAACUCAUUUUUAACUUUGAGUCUGCCGAGGUGCACGUGAGGAAGAGCAGCGUGUCCACAGUUAGUUUUCUCUGCAUUACUGGACAUUUUCAUAAAGUGCAGUAUCGUUUUGUCAUCGAAGCUUCGGAAUGCAACGGUCAUGAGAAGAGUCGACUAGUAUCAGACAACAUGUAAAUGUCUACUGUUUAAUUGGUAGCUGAGGUUCAACAGUACUCAAAAAAGAGUCUAAGUUUAAGGUAUCUAAAUAAUCUUCCAGUAUUAUGUUAUUUUCUGUAGGGGCUGUAAUGCUUAACAGCGACCACACGGGGGCAACUAAGGUUGAAAGAGAUGAUUUUCCAAUCCUGCUGCUGAGCAGUUAUUAGUCUGAAAUUAAAGUUCAUUAAAAAAAAAUGUGUUUUAAAAAGAAUACAAAGAGAUAGACAGACAGUUAGACAUCUAGAUAUUGGCUCAGUGGUGGAGCAGGGUCGGGCACAUAGCUGGAAGCGCUUUGAGUGUUUGGCAGACCAGAGAGAGACAGACAGAGAUGUACCAUAUUGUUGGUAAAAGCUACAGCUUUGAUAUAGAAAUCUAAAAGAAAGUAGAAGCUGAGAUUACUUGUAUGUAAUAAACACUCUCUCUCUCUCUCUCUCUCUCACACACAAGCAUACAGUCUAUGCUCCCAACGUUGCAUUGACCCGUUAUGCUCGCAGCAGCAUCAUGACCUUCCCAUAGUGCACUGCUUCUCUGUGCCCCCUGGUCCUCUCCUCUGCCAGCCCCACUGCACAUCAGAGCGCGAGAGUCAGUACACCCAUGGGCUUCACCCAAGUCGUGUUAGUCUCCUCCCUCUCAUGAUGUAAUAGACCAACGCUGUGUGCAUUUACUUUUCCAUUCAUUCAUCAUGAACAGAGUCACUUUAUUUAACAGCAGCAGUGAUGCACGUUACUGUUAAUGUAACAGGAUUGAUGCAACACGAGCAGGCGUUCCAAAGAACUUAAGUGAGGCAGACAAAAACACAGUUAUUUAAAUAGGAUACAUGCACGGAGAGUAUACUUGGAGUGAUACAAAAAGAGAGAGAGGGAGAUAGAGAGAGGACCACAGAGAAUCAUGUCAAACUGUUCUUCUCUGUUGGAGAAAAUUGAGCUUCCUGAAGCCAAUAGCGUAGCUACAUCUUGUACAGACCUGAAGGUCAAAGGUCAUCAGAGUUUACCUCAGUCAAAAUGAUACCUGUGUGUGUUUGUGUGUGCGCACAUGUUUGCAAGCACAUUGUACUCAAACCUCACCAUCGGAUUACAGCUCAUCAACAUCUCUCCCAUACAUAGAAUCACUUCCUUAUUGCAUCAUCAGCGAUACACUGUUUACUAUCAGUCCUGGCGAAAUACUUUGUGUGUUCUGCUACAACAUAAUAUUCUAUCAAAUCUAUACAUACUAGUAUGGUUUGCAUAUGUGACAGCAAUAAAUAUUUAAAAAACAAUUACAAAAAUCAAGGGUUCAUGUCUACGAUACAAUCUUCAGGAGUUUGUAGCAGAGCACCAAGCCAGCUUCUCCUACAUACAAAAACGUAUGAUAAAACAUAGUCAUGCAAAUGAAAAACACUUUGCAGUGACAUCAAACUGAAAUAAAUGAUGUUUGGGAUUUCCAUCCAGCUGGAAGGUCA